AACCACCGCUACCGCGACCCUUCAUACCUCAACCCCCAGGGCUCACCUUCCUCCCUCCUCACACCUUCUUGUCAUUCUUUAGGCCGUUGCUGCCAUCUUUCUUUUUUCCUUGCGCUAUUGCUCGUCUCGCCGUGUUUGCACAGCUUCCAGGCCUCUCCUCCACAAUCCCUGCGACCCGCGACCUGCGAUCGCGCAACAUGUCGAAGCCUGACUGGAUCCAAGUCGGCGUGCCCACGCUGGACCGGCCGUUUGGCCUGCAGCUAUGGCCCAUUUUCGAGAAGGCCUACGAGUCCGCCGUCGGAUACAAGCCGCAAGACUUCCGGUUCGUGCCCGGCGAGACGCCCAUCUCCACCAUCAAAUCGUGCACGGCGAUCCUUGUAUCGUACUAUAUUGUGAUCUUUGGAGGAAGGGAAUUGAUGCGAGGCCGCGAGGCUUUCAAGCUCAACUUCUUGUUCAAAGUACACAACUUUUACCUCACGGCGAUUAGCGCAAUUCUACUAGGACUGUUUCUCGAACAAAUCAUCCCCACAGUCGUGCGCCACGGCAUCUUCUUCGCGGUCUGCGACCAUGCGGGCGGCUGGACGGAUAAGAUGGUUAUCCUCUAUUACCUCAAUUACCUUACCAAGUUCCUGGAGCUGAUCGACACGUGCUUCCUUUUCCUGAAGAAGAAGCCGUUGACAUUCCUCCACACCUACCACCAUGGCGCCACGGCUCUGCUCUGCUACACGCAGCUCAUCGGUCACACCUCCGUUUCCUGGGUUGUCAUCACCCUGAACCUCAUGGUCCAUGUUGUGAUGUACUGGUACUACUUCCAGAGCGCCCGGGGCAUCAGAAUCUGGUGGAAGAAGUACAUUACGAUGAUGCAGAUCAUCCAGUUUGUGCUGGAUCUCGGCUUUGUCUACUUCGCCUCCUGGACCUACUUCACCAGCACCUACUGGCCUCACCUUCCCAACAUGGGCAAGUGUGCUGGCGAGGAGUUCGCCGCCAUCGCCGGUAUCUGCAUCAUCACGUCGUACCUGUUCCUCUUCAUCCUCUUUUACCUUGCGACCUACAAGAAGCCGGUGCCCAAGGGCCGCCGCAGGGCAACCAGCGCUUUGGUCGAGAUGAAGGAUGAGAAGGUACCGACGGUUGGUGAAGCGAGGCGCAGGCUCUCUCAGAGUGUGCAUGUCUCUGCUAACGGCCAGACUACAGGCGUGUCCACCACCCCGAACGGCCGGGCCACUCGCUCUCGCAAGGCCUAAUUCCGCUGCUUCUGGCGUGGUUGUCACGGUCAAGGAGGCGGUCGGCGCAAGCGCGGACACGAGUUUGAGACGUGUGGGAUUCAGCUUUGGUGAUGCGAGAAAGGAUUGAGUGGAGCGUCGACUCACUCCAGCUCUGAUCUCUGCACCCGAGGCUUCUGCGAUCGUCUCGCCAGUCGGCGCAUUUUGGCGCUGUUGGAGGCUGCCCAGCUCAUCCUGCCACCGGGAGUCUUAUCCCUCAUGCUGAUGGCGCGACUCCCAACGUUACAUUUCAUUACAACCAAACCCUGGAUGGCAAGUUCAGUAUCUCCUUGUAAUUAUCACGCGUCUUGGAGUUUGUCAUGCAGGCGCUCCUCACGAAAAGUCGCAUCUGGAUGGGUGUCCAAGCGAUUAGAUAGCAUGUACGAUGACGGUGUUUUUAUGUUUCCGUACGGAGUAGCAAUGAGAAUAUAAUGCAUAAUCACCAC